GAUUGCCGAGUGGCUUCGGCAGGUUGCUGUCGGAGCGACGCCGAGUCGCGAACUUGAUCGCUUUCAGGAACUGCACCGGACGGAGCUGAGUCUGCAAGGCGGAGGUCUCCGCGGGCGCGGCCGGCGACAUGGGAGCGUGCCUGGGGGUCUGCUCUUUGCUGAGCUGCGCAUCAUGCCUCUGUGGUUCAGCUCCUUGUCUAUUAUGUGGCUGUUGCCCCUCUACGAAGAAUUCAACUAUAACGCGCCUGAGCUUCACCUUUUUCCUCUUCUUGGGGACGUUGGUGUCCAUCAUAAUGAUAAUUCCAGGAGUGGAGGCAGAGCUGCACAAGCUUCCUGGAUUCUGUGCAGGAACCAACUCGCCUGCGGGCAUCCAAGUUGACUGCAAGGCCUUCCUGGGUCUCAAAUCAGUGUACCGCAUGUGUUUUGCCACAGCUUCAUUUUUCUUCCUCUUUGCCCUGUUGAUGAUCUGUGUCAGGAGCAGCAAGGACCCCCGAGCUUCGAUACAGAACGGGUUUUGGUUCUUCAAGCUCCUGAUACUGAUUGGAAUAACUGUGGGAGCCUUCUAUAUUCCUGAUGGAAAAUUCACAUCUGUCUGGUUCUACUUUGGUGUGGUUGGUUCCUUCCUCUUUGUCCUCAUCCAGCUCAUCCUCUUGAUUGAUUUUGCUCACUCCUGGAGUCAAAUUUGGCUGCGCAAUGCGGAUGACGGCAACAGCAAGUCCUGGUAUGCAGCUUUGUUUUUCUUCACCUUUCUGUUCUAUGCUGUCUCCAUCGCUGCUGUCGUGCUACUCUACGUGUAUUACACCAAACCAGAUGGCUGUACCGAAAGCAAGGUCUUUAUCAGCCUGAACCUCAUCUUCUGCAUUGUGGUGUCUGUGGUCUCCAUACUGCCCAAAGUCCAGGAUGCUCAGCCUCACUCUGGCCUUCUCCAAGCCUCCAUCAUUACCCUCUACACCAUGUAUGUCACAUGGUCGGCUUUGGCCAACGUACCAGACAAACACUGCAAUCCAACUCUCUUGGUAAGAACGGCAGGGAAUGGUACAGCUGCUCAACCUGUGAAUGGCCAACCAACUCAAUGGUGGGAUGCCCCAAGCAUUGUAGGGUUAAUCAUAUUUGUCUUCUGCACCCUCUUCAUAAGCCUCCGUUCCUCAGACCAUGAGCAAGUGAACAAGAUGAUGCUAACAGAAGAAAGCCCAGCUAUGCUAGGGGGUGGAAACACGAACAUUGAAGGUGGGGUGCACCGGGCUUAUGACAACGAAGAGGAUGGAGUGCCUUACAACUAUACUUUUUUCCACAUCUGCCUUCUCCUGGCCUCCCUCUACAUCAUGAUGACACUUACCAACUGGUAUAGGCCUGAUGAAAGCCGUCAAGAGCUGACCAGCCCAUGGACUGCUGUCUGGGUGAAGAUUUCAUCAAGCUGGGUUGGGCUUCUGCUUUAUGCCUGGACUUUGAUUGCCCCACUUGCACUUCCAAACCGUGACUUCAGCUGAAACUUCUCAAGAGUGCCAUACCUCCCAAGUGGAAGAGUUACACAGUGCCAUGAGAAAUAAGCAAGCAAGAUCACUAUUCCUGGUUUGAACUGUAGGUGUGGGCUCUCAUGCUUAUGAAUGCAGAAGUGAUCAAGCCUCCUUCUCUUUCCCCUGUCUUACAUUCAGGCAAAUCUACCACUUUUGUGCCUUCAUUUCUUAAAAAUUUCUAAGAAAAAUUGUGAAGCUGGUUUAAUCCACUUACGUGUGCAAGACUUGACAUGCAUUUGUGGUGGAGGAUGUGUGCCCAGCUUUUUUUCCUUACGCUAAUGGCCUUCCAGGUAUAUUGUGAAAUACCUGAGUAACUUACACGGUGUUGCCCAUCUUCUUUAAAAAGAUAUUUGGCAUAGGAAUAACGGUAUGUGUUCUUUUUUAAGUAGUGGUUCAGAGGAAUUCUUCACCACUUUGCCUUGUUACGUGGAGCCUUUUAAAUAAAUCUCUGUUCUUUUUGAUAUGGAACCUGAUGGUAGUGGACUAAAAAUCCUUCCGUGAAGUAGAUGAA